AUGCCUAACCACAACGUUGUCUUGACCUCAGUUACCGGUCGCAUAAAGCUCAUCCCCCCGCAUCCUUCAGAAGAUGAGGCGGUUGCCCAACUACGCACUCAUCCAGAAUUCCUGCGUUAUCUUCCCAUCUUCCCUCAGAGUGUUUCAGCCGAGGAAAUGGGCCAACGCCGGGAAGCGCGAUCACAGAAUCCCAGUAUCAGGGAUUUUCAUAUCCACGUCGCGGACUACAAAGGACAGUGGGAGUUCGGAGGGAUAACGGGUUAUUUCAAUUUGGAAACGGUGAAUAAAUCGUGCGAAAUCGGGGUCGCGGUAUGUCCUGCGUUAUAUGGAACAAGCAUCGCAACGGAUGUGCUCUACACCUUGUUGGUCCACGUCUUUGAAGAACAAAGAUUGCAUCGGGCAACGUUUCAAACAGCAGCGGCAAAUGUUGCUAUGAGGGGAUGGCUAGAUAAAGUUGCCGAUGCGAAGCUGGAGGGGGAAAAGAGAGAAUGUUGGAGGACAGACAAGGAGACCUAUUGCGACGUGGCCUGCUAUAGUAUCUUAGAGUGGGAGUGGAGGGACAAAGUCAAAGGAAAACUAGAGCAUAGACUACAGAUUUAA